AGUGCAUACAUUGCAAAAUAUUUUGUAGCGCUUUUGACAAAUGCUGCAGAAGUCUCAAAAUUCAGAAUCGAUCUCGCAAAUAUGUUUAAAUUCUGGGAUUGGGUUGGUGAACGUAUUCUUUAUAGCUUG